AAUUAACGAGUAACUGGACUAGAAACUCCCUACUGAUGCUUUGCCAUCAAAGCGUGGUCGAAGUGCAAUGAUGAGCAGCCAGUACUAUUUCCAUAACGCGCCCCGUCCUGCAGCUAGAUGAUCAUGUGAAGAAAGCUAACGUACUCUUGAGCAUGUCGUCCCACUUUAUCCUCGCAAAACAGCCUUACCUAAGGGCCAUCCAAGGCCUUCGUCAACCCCCUAUAGCAAACACGUGACAACCCUAUCGCCUAUCUACCAACACCACAGCCGCCUCUUCCAGCCAAGGCUGGCCCGCUCCAUCGCAACCCUCCCUCUCGUCCGUUACACGUCUCCUUGGCACCGGGACCAGUGAGCCUUUACUCGCUUCCAGACUUCCGGACACCCCUCCGAUCUGGGUAACUUUAAGCAUAUAGAGCGCCAGCAACCACAUGUCGCAGGGGAACAUUGCCGCCUUGGAUUGUCGUGCAACAGCAGCGCCUCCCCUCCCAGCUACACCCGCACCACACGUGGCAGGUACCUCUUCCGCUGCUCCCACAGUGCCAGCAGCUGCCGCAGCCACUCCUCCUUGCCCAGCCGGCGCUUGGCGGCCCCGUCGUCCCACAGGAACUGCGGUUUCGGUUGUGAGGGUGCAUGGAGCUCGACUUCGCUUGAUGUAGGCACACGUUCCGCCUCACGGCCAGCUUCGUUAACACACAACACAGCUGCAACGAAAGCCGAGGGGGAGAUCCGGUGCCCAAGGAGCCGGAGUCGCUGCAGCAACUUCAGGGGCCAAGUGGUGAUCCGAGAACGACAGAAGCAGCAGCGGAGUAGGCUGGACCGCCCAUGUCGUGAAUGAUUGUUCCUCGGGCUGCUGCCUAGGAAGGCCUGGGCAGCUGGAGGGUUCAACUCCCUCGGGGACGUUGGAACUCGUUAGUUGCUCGUGUGUUGCUUUUUUGGUUUGAGUGUUCUGGGUAUUACCACCGGUACCUAACGAUUACUACACGUGUACGACCCACGAACCGUGUAAACUGUGCGGGUUGGUGGGGUUUCCACCAAUCCCGCACCACUUCCGCCGCACCAAUCCAGCACUGCUCCCGUACCAAUGCCACAGUACUCCCGUACCAUAUCCGCACCAAUCCCGUACCAUUUCUGCACCACUCAUGCAACACCCCCCGUACCCCAGCUCUUCGUCAGUUCGGCCAUAGCGCGCGGAAGUUCGGCCCUAGCUCCCGGAAGUUCGGCCUUAGCGCGUGGAAGUUCGGCCUAAGCGCGCGGAAGUUCGGCCAUAGCAUCCAGGAGGGGGCCUGCGAAGGUACUGUUGAGGGUAGUGGCAUGGGUAUAUAAAGUACUUCUUCAUAUCCAGAGCGGAGAGAACACUUUGUCGCAUGGAGCGGGUAUAACUCACUCAGAUUCCGAAUGGCCGGAUGGCGGGCGUUACCGGUACGUAAUUACGUACGACAUGCUAAUUUGCGUAUGGUAAUGCACUUCUACUGGUGUUUUGUCUAAGCUUUAUGCGUUUAUGUUGGAGCACAGGCUGUCUCGUUGGAGCGAACUGGUGGGAGCUAGGUCGCCGUAUCAGGGAGGUUUCCGACGCAAGCGGGGUACCUGCCACAACCUGUUUCUGUUACGUCACCUGACGGACAAGCAUAAGGGGGGGCGAGGUGCAGUCGACCCCCUGUUCGUUUGUCAGAUUGACUUUGAGAAAGCGUUUGACAAGGUGCCACGUGAUCUCUUGUGGUUAAGAUUGGAGGAACGAGGUGUGCAUGGCGCUAUGUUGGAGGCUCUCAAGACUUGUUACAACAAGGUCAUGAAGCGUGUCAGGGUAGACGGAGUGACGGGGGAUCCUUUUGAAUCUUCGCAGGGGGUCAAGCAAGGGUGCCCUCUCAGCCCCACGCUUUACGGGAUCUUUGGCGAGGGGUUUGCUGACUAUGUUGACGCUAAGGAUAAGUGGCUCCCUGAUGUUAUGCGCGCCAAGCAGCAGACUCCCCAUGCGGAUGGCCGGCGUAUCCCGUUGGAACUGUAGGCCGACGACCUCAGCCUUUUUGCUACGACGCACAGGCGGCUGAUUGUGUUGCUUGCUGAUUUGAGAGAGUGGUGCGAGGCCUUUGGGAUGCGGGUGAAUGUUCGUAAAUGUGAAUUGAUGGUUUUCCACCCUCGUGCAAAUAUCCGCGAGGCUUUUGCUGCCCUUUGCCCCGUGGUGUGGACUUCUAUUGAGGGAAAUGCGCGAGUACCAAUGGUUAUACCCUGGGUACAACGAGCCCGUUUCCUUGGUUUGCACUUUUGUUUCCUGCACAGAGGAACUGUUGACCUCUGGCCGACGUGCUAUGUUUUUCUCUUCAGCGUAAAUUAGAACGCCUAGGUCUCUUGGUCCCUGCUGUUGCAGUUAAGUGUUUCGACGUGCAAGUCCGCCCCAUCUUGUCGUACGGUGUCCAGGUGUGGGGGCCUGAUGUGGUGCUGAAGUUAAUGACGGACUGCGAGAACUCCGGGAGGUCCUUGCGGGACCCAAUGGUGCAGUUACAAAGGGGAUUUCUUCGGGAGGUUGCGGGUGUGAAAGUCUCGCCGGACAAGUUGCUGUUUAAGGAGUUUAACCAGCGCCCGCUGCAUGUUUUCUGGUUGGAACUUUUCCUGCGUUUCUGGAAUGACCUGGUCAAGCAAAAGGACACGGUCUACCAUCAAGCGAUGCGCGGUGAAAUCCGUUCAGCCCUCAGUACUGAUCUUCAAUUUGAUGGCUGGGGUGCUAAGGUGUUGAAGAUUCUGAAAAUUUUAGGGAUGGAUUUAACGGCCUUGGGGGAUGAGUUGAACUUGGAUGCGCGUGUGGAACGUAUUGCUGGCACGGAGUUAAACGUAUCUGCUCUCACUAAAACGUUUGCUGACAGAGUGGAUGCGGAUUGGGAGGAUAGGAGUUUGGAAGUUGACCCGCGGCUUUUCAACCCAGUAGUCCCAGUACCAGGGGUUGGAGUUAUGAUGUGUCGGUAUAAAAAUUGGAUGGGUGUCCCGGUUGACAGGGGGUACAUUACUCAGCGGCAACAUGUCAACCUGAUGCGUUUUCGGCUGUGUGUGUGGGGCAUUGAAGCUAAUCGCCCAAG